CUUUAGACUUGCGCAGUUUGUUCAAGAAGAUCUGAGAUGAGUUGUGAAUCUGAAAGGACGGUGAAGUUUAAACAGUAAACAAAUGGAGCCUGCUUGGCGCCAAGCAGGUAAGGGUAGAGGCAGGGGUCGAGGGAGUGGGGCACCAGAGCCACCGGUUCCGCGGCCAGUGAGAGACAGCCAGACCCCUGCUUUUGGCAGAGAAGGUGGCAGUGGAAGAGGCAGAGGGGCAGGCUAUGCAGCUGUCACCAGUUUUGGAGCAGUGCAAGAAUCACAUUUGAAUGAAAAGCAAUCAUCUCAGAAUAAGUUUGAAGAAAUUCGAAAAGCCAAUCAGGUGGCAGCUCAGAAGUUCGCAGAUAUGCAGUACAGCUCUUCUUCAGAAGAGGAUGAUGAAGAAAUAAUUCACGGGAAACAGGGGAAGAUUUUGACUUCUACAUUUACAACAUACACUGAUCAGACAGGAGGAGAUGUCACAGAACUGGAACGUACCAGACAAUACCUGAAUGAUGCUUUUCAAUCGGGGGCUAUAACAUGCUUGAUUUGUAUUGCUUCUGUCAAAAGGAAUCAGCCGGUUUGGAGUUGUUCAGGAUGCUACUGUAUAUUUCACAUGCCCUGUAUUCAGAAAUGGGCAAAGGACAGCAUUUUUCUAGUAUCUUCAGUAACUGAUGAAGACUUUUGUAAAAAAGACCUCCCCUGGCCAUGUCCAAAAUGUAGGUAUGAGUACAAACCGUCUCAGACCCCCAACCGAUAUAACUGCUACUGUGGGAAAGUGGAAGAUCCUCCUUUGGACCCCUGGCUUUUACCACACUCCUGUGGCCAAGUCUGUGAUAGAGAUUUCAAGCCCUCUUGUGGACACAGGUGUUUGCUGUUGUGUCAUCCAGGUCCCUGUCCACCAUGCCCGAAGAUGGUUACUGUGACAUGCUUCUGUAAAAAGGCUAAAGCUGUGCCGAGGCGGUGCAGUGCCAAAGCCUGGUCCUGCCAGCAGUCAUGUGGAAGGAAGCUACCCUGUGGACAGCAUGCAUGUGCAAGCCCUUGCCAUGCAGGUGAUUGUCAACCUUGUCCUCGUGUGAGCAAGCAGCGGUGCCUUUGUGGAAAGAAUGUGGCGGAAAGGCUUUGUGCUAGCCCAGUUUGGCAAUGCGAGAAGGUUUGUGGAAGAACCCUGCCUUGUGGGAAUCACACGUGUGAGAUGGUCUGCCAUCCAGGUCCCUGUGGAAAGUGCCCCCGAUCAGGAAACCGGGCAUGCCCAUGCGGCAAAUCCAAGUACUCUCUCCCCUGCACUGAGGAUGUGCCAACAUGUGGAGACACCUGUGAGAAAGUGAUGGAGUGCGGGCUUCACAAAUGCUCAAUGCGCUGCCACAGAGGGCCCUGCGAGACCUGCAGACAGGAGGUGGAGAAGCAGUGUCGCUGUGGGAAGUACAGCAAGCUCAUGCCCUGUCACAAGGAGUACCUGUGUGAAUCAAAGUGUCCUAAAACAAGAAACUGCCAGCGGCACCAGUGCAAAAGAAAGUGCUGUUCAGGAAACUGCCCACCAUGUGACCAGAACUGCGGUCGAACCAUGGGAUGCAGGAACCACAAGUGUCCUUCUGUCUGCCACAGAGGCAGUUGCUAUCCAUGUCCUGAGACAGUAGAUGUGAAAUGUAAUUGCAGCACCACUUGUAUAAAAGUACCUUGCGGAAGGGAGAGAACAACUAAACCACCCAAGUGUAAAGAGCUGUGCAGGAAUCCUCCGACGUGUCAUCACUCAAGUCGAGAGAGACAUCGCUGCCACUUUGGCGCCUGCCCCUCGUGCCGACAGUCUUGCCAGAGAGUGCUGAAAAAAUGCGGACACGUCUGUCCAGCUCCAUGCCACGAUGAAGUGAUGGUCAAACAGACUGACAAACAUCAGCUUGCAGGUCCUUGGGAACAGCCUUCUGAACCGGCCUUCAUUCAAACUGCUCUGCCUUGCCCACCCUGUCAGGUUCCUGUACCCAGGACAUGCCUUGGGGAACAUGAGGUUACUCCUUUGCCAUGCCAUGCAGAUGGCCCGUUCUCCUGCAAAAGGCCUUGUGGACGGCUCCUGUUGUGUGGGAACCACACUUGCAUGAGGGAGUGCCAUGUAGUGUCACAGCUCGGCGACACACAGGACAAACACAAGGCUGGUAAAGAGUGCCAGCAGUGUGAAGAAGGGUGCUCAGAGCCCCGGCCUCCUGGCUGCUCCCACCCAUGCGUGCUGCCCUGCCACACCGGAGCCUGUCCGCCUUGCACACAGAUGAUCAGAGUCAAAUGUCACUGCAAGAUCAUGUCCCUUUUCAUCGAGUGCUUGAAGAUAACUACUGCUGAUAAAAACACAAAAACAAUUCUGGGUUCCUGUAAAAACCAGUGUCCGAAACAGCUGCCCUGUGGUCAUCGAUGCAAAGAGACUUGUCAUCCAGGUGGCUGUGAGGAGAGCUGCAACCAGAAAGUGAAACUCAAAUGUCCUUGUAAAAGAAUUAAAAAGGAGGUUCCCUGCUUCAAAGCACGUGAGACGCAGAUCUCUGUGGAGUGUGAUGAAGCGUGCAAGGAUUUGAAAAAGAGAGCUGCUGAGUUAAAAGAAGCAGAAGAAAGGGCUGCAUCUGAGGAAGAAAGGAGAAAGCAGCAGGUGGAAUUGGAGGCAUUUGAGAAGAGACUGAAGGGACGUCGCAAAAAGAACAAGAAAAAGGACGAAGUAGAAAUUGAAGAGACCAUUUGGCAGAAAUAUAAAAAGUACAUCAUGGUGCCUGUCUGCGGAAUUGUGUUGGCAGUGGCAACGUUUUAUUUAAUUCAGGCUGGUUAAUAUGUCAGCUAGUACUGUGUACAGCCUCCUAAUACAAUGAUCUGGAUAGCUACUGAAUAUGGGCAUUGACAAGAUUCAUUUGCUGGCCUGUUUAAAUAUCUUUCCUGUAUCUCUCUAUAGGACUCUAGUUUUGAAAAACAAAGUAAUUACACUAUAUGUGUGUA